AUGCCCGCCUCUGUCACGCCGAACAUUCCUGCCAACGUCAUCAUGGUCAGUCCAUUUUGACGACCCACAACGAUGGCUCUUUUGUCGUUAUCAGUCAAAUUCUUAUUUCCAAAGGUUCUUCCCAUGUCUGAAAAACAUGAAAAAAAUUAUAUGGCAACAUUAUUAAUUUUAAAAAAAUUUAAUAAAAAAAUAAAUAAAAAAAUAAAAAGCAUAAAAAAACAAAAAAUGGAAUUCAAUAAAAAAAUGCCUAAAACGCGUCACAGUCAUUGCGGACAUGUCUUUGUAUACCGUAUAUGUUUCAAAGUAUAUUUUACAUUAUCCCUGAAAGUUAUAUAUAAAUCGGAUAAGUACUCGCUGAGAUAUCCCCAAAAAACCAAAACUUAAUAGACUUUUGAGCGGUACUGUAGAAACCAAAUGAAGGAAUUUUCACUUCAAAAAAAAAAGAAAAGACGAAUUUUACAGAUCGCUGUUCUUAUUUCAAACGCGAUCGCUUCCUGUCUGCAACCGUCCAUUUAUGACAGUAUUAUUCGGAUCAAAAAUCUGCCCUAUUUACCAGAUAUCCCGCAUACUUCUUCGUUGUGAGUUUGGGGGCGGGGGAUUUAAAAUAUUUUGAACAGCCUAAAACUUCUUCUGCGAUCCCCGUAAUGGAGCCUAUGAACCUGAAAUGCAGAUUUUUUUUUAAACUCCAAUGCGAUUUUUGGAGUUUUUAGACGGGUCUUGAAGGGAUUUUCAUUUUUUUGAAAAUACAUUCAAAAUGUAGUCUGGUCAGGUUUUGUUUUUUUUUCUUACAAGUGUGUAAUCUGUUCAGAUUUCAAAUGUCAAGUCCUCGCUGAAGCUCCGCCCCUAAUGGCACGACAAACCAAUCAGAGAGCGAGUCAUCCACAGAGCGUUUUCGAAUGACGUCAUUCUACUUGACAUUCGAAAUCUGAACAGACUGUAAUCUGUUUAUCGCGGCUUUAAAAUGCUCUCUUUCUCUGCGCCCUCCUCGUCCCACGGCAACCCUCUUAUGUUCACGUGCUGUUUUCGUUUCUCUAACCUCGCCGGUGAGGGAGCAAAGAGACGCAGACAGUCGCGGGUGUACAAUGACGUCAUUCUCGAAAAACGCUCUAUGGAUGGAUCGCUCUCUGAUUGGUUUGCGCUAUUAGGGACGGAGCUUGAACAACGCUUUGUAGAUGGCUCGCUUUCUGAUUGGUUUGCGCUAUUAGGGGCGGAGCUUGAACAACGCUCUGUGGAUGGCUCGCUCUCUGAUUGGUUUGCGCUAUUAGGGGCGGAGCUUGAACAACGCUCUGUGGAUGGCUCGCUCUCUGAUUGGUUUGCGCUAUUAGGGACGGAGCUUGAACAACGCUCUGUAGAUGGCUCGCUUUCUGAUUGGUUUGCGCUAUUAGGGGCGGAGCUUGAAGAACGCUCUGUAGAUGGCUCGCUCCCUGAUUGGUUCGCGCUAUUAGGGGCGGAGCUUGAACAACGCUCUGUGGAUGGCUCGCUCUCUGAUUGGUUUGCGCUAUUAGGGACGGAGCUUGAACAACGCUCUGUAGAUGGCUCGCUUUCUGAUUGGUUUGCGCUAUUAGGGGCGGAGCUUGAAGAACGCUCCGUAGAUGGCUCGCUCCCUGAUUGGUUCGCGCUAUUAGGGGCGGAGCUUGAACAACUUUCUGUAGAUGGCUCGCUUUCUGAUUGGUUUGCCCUAUUAGGGGCGGAGCUUGAACGGCGGCUUGACCUUCAAAAUCUGAACUUCAUGAUUUUGCCUCUUUGAGCUCCAGAAGAUCAGAAAACCUUCACUAAAAUCAAAGAUCUUAAUGUUUUCAAACGAACGAAAUUCUACAAAGCUCCAAAAAAUAAAUAAAUCUAUUAGGUACCACAAAAUCGUGGUCAACCAGUUCAUGAUACGACCUGUGAUUUUCGUUUCCCGGAAUUCCACCCUGGAAGAAGUGCAAAUCGCUCUAGAGACAAGUACAAAGAUCCGUGCCUUGCCUUUGGUCGAAAAUCGAGGUUUUGAGUCAUUUAUCCACCAGAAAAUGAUCGUUUUCUAGAUUCCAUGGCUCUCAUAGGCUCUAUCAGCCGUGUUCAACUUCAGAAAUUGAUCGAGACUAAGGUUUAGAAAUGGAAAAAUAUAACUUUAUCUUAAAAAAUAUUUGUUUCAUGAAGAUUGGAACGAAAGCAAGACUUGCUGAAGCCGCUAGAAGAGUAAAAAGAACGGUUGACGAGAACUUGGGACCGAAAAUCGGGGGAGAUGAAGCUGAACAACGACUCGAAGCAGGGAAAUCCAAGGAUUUGAGGUUUUUGAUAGGAAAAUUGUGAUUUUUCUUUCUUGAGUAAAAUUUUUCGAGUGUAAAAAUGAGAAAAACCGUUUUGAACGGCUCAAAAAAAAAAUUUUGAGACUUUCCUCGAUUAAAAAUCGAAGAAAAGCCAAUUUUUCAGCCUAUCAAUGACCAAUAGUUCGGCGACCAUCUCAUUUGCCAGCAAUAUUUUGAAAAAUAUGAAACCUUCCAUUGAAAUCGAAGAUUCGACGCAAGAUGAACCGAGAAAAUCGAAUCGGUUUGUUUGGAAUUUUUUGGAUAAUGUGCUCUGCGGAAUUCCAGAGUGGUCCGUAUAGGGGUUAGGGGGAAAACAACCCCUAUAGGGCCCAAAAAGCGGUCCCUAUAGGGAUAAAAUUAAGGUGGUCCCAAUGAGGAUUUAGGGUUUAACCCUUUAGACCCUAAAGCUCAAGUGGACCCUAUAGGGGUUGGGGGGAAUCAGCUUCUAUAGGAGGCCGAAAAAGUGAUCCCUAUAGGACUUUAAGAUAUGACCCCGUAGCCCCUGAAGCUCAAGUCGCCUCUAUAGGGGGAAAUUUAAGUGGUCCCUAUAUUGGUUAGGGGAGAACAAUAUCUAUAGGGCCCCAAAAAGUGGUCCCUUUGAAGGUUGAAAAAACUUUCAAUUUCAUUCAAAAAACGCUUAUUUAUUCAUUUUUUUCCAUGAAAAUGCUUCUUCGCAUGGAGUUCAUAACAAUUAUUGACCAGAAUGUCCCCUAUAGGGACCACUUUUGCAAGCCUUAGGGGCCCCUAUAGGGGCUGGUAAAAUGGUCCCUAGUGGGGACCCUUAAAAGCCCAAAGGUUGCCUCUAUAGGGACCACUUUGGAGCUCCUAAAAAAAAAUAUCAAAAUCGAUGAUUUUUUCAGAAAAUUUAUAAAAAAGUAAAUCUUUCAUUUUUUUAGGUUUCUAGUGGUUCCUGUGACCGUAGUUGACGAUUCUGGCUGUGAAGUCGAGGUACCGGAAAAUGGGGCCAAUGAAUCUUGUAAUUCAAAUCGGUUAUUGGUACCUGGAUUGAGAGUAAAAAUAGUUAUAACUUUCCAAAAAAGGCGAGAUUCUUCAGCUCCCAGUUCUCGCCCAAACGAAAAGCGAGUCGAAUUUCGACCGUCCUUCAGAUGGAUUACAGAUUUCUAGGCACGCUUUCCAUGAAUCGUCCCAUCAUGAUGUCUAUAACACUAUUGGGAGUGGGAUUUUGGAAUUUCGAACAAGUUGAAGAUGAUUUUUCAGGCAUAGUUCGGUCAUUGGCCACGUUUGGAAGGAAUCGAAAAUAUGCGAGAAACGAUUUCGAGCUCUAUGGCGAGGAGGUAUAAAGGAUAAAUAGGAAGUUAGAGAGUAGGAAUGUAAAAGAGACGCAGACAUUAUUUUCUCUAGACUCUACACUCUCUAGUCUCUUUAUAAUGACGUCAUUUUUUGACUACUGUGAGCAAUCUUAAUAAAUCCUCCGAAAAUCGCAUAGACAUUUGAAAAAAUAAUAAUAGAAGUGCUGUAGAGAGACGCAGACACUAAAAUGUCUCUAAACUCUCCUCUCUUGAAACACUCUCUAGUCUUCUUAUAACAUGACGUCACUUUUUGAAAAUUGUGAGCAAAGUUGGCUCAAUAAACUCCUCUAAAAAUCUCGUAGUCGGUUGAAAAAUGAUAUUAGAACGAGAGAUGAGAGACGCAGAGUUUUUCUCUGAACUCUCCACUCUCUAGUCUCUCCAUAAUGACGUCACUUUUGAAUACCGUGAGCAAUUUUGACUCAAUGAAGCCCUCCAAAAAUCGCAUAGACAUUUGAAAAAAUGAUAAUAGAAGUGCUGUAGAGAGACGCAGACAACAAAUUGUCUAAACUCUCCAUUUUCACAACACUCUCUAGUCUCCUAAUAACAUGACGUGAUUUUAUGAAAACUGUUAGAGAAGUUUUGUCAAUAAGCCCUCUAAAAAUCUCAUAGACAGUGAAAAUAAUGAUCUUAGAACUUAUGGAAAAUAGAGAGACGCAGAUAUCUUUUUCUCUUUGAACCCUCUCAUUUCACAACGCUCUCUACAAUUCCUUCAACAAUGGCACCUUUUUUAAAAGAGCUCAAUGGGCUAGAGAGAGCUCGGAAUGAUGAGCAGUGUUAUUUUUCUCUGUUCUCUCCACUUUUCUAAAGAUGACUAGCUUUUUCAUAGAAAGUAUGGAGAGUAGAAAGAGAGGCAGACACUAAAUCGUCUCUGAACUCUCCACUUUAAAAACACUUUCUAGUCUCUCUAUAUUAUGACGUCAUUUUUCGAGUACUGCGAGCAAAGUUUGCUCAAUAAGCAGGAAAAAUUUUUUUUUCUUUGUGCUCUCCACUUUCUUAAAGCUAUCUAGGUCUCUAGUCAUACGCUGGGUAGUGUGAAGAGUAGAGAGAUGCAGACGCUCUUUUUCUCUGAAAUCUCGCUUUUUCCAAAACUCUCUUCAAAUGGCAUCAUUUCAGAGAGCUCAGUGGGAGCAAAGUGUGCUCAAUGAGCCCAUCGAUUUCUCAAUGUUGACCAUCGAUUCGACCCCUUUCCAUUUGGUUGAUCACACUAGUUUAUUCAAGGUUCCUGCUCUUCUAAAUCUUAAACUAAAAAUUACUCCAGACCCACUCCUUGUUCUCGCUUCUGGGCCUCAAUAGAGCCUACGUCACCCAAAAUGGAAGGCUUGUUGGGGUCGUCGCUCUGAAAGAGGUUAUUUUCGAAAAGAAUCUUCGCCCUAUUGAUAAUUUUCCAGCUCCGUCUUGCCAUCGAAAUGAUCCAAUCGGGGAGGGUUCCCCUGAAUGGAGAGAACUUUUUCGACGAUCCCAGUAUUGUUAGGAUGGAAAUGGAGAGGGAAGAAGCUGGGGAAGAAAAUCUCGAAAGUUCGAACGAUGGUUAUUUGCAGGUUUUUCCAAGAAAUCGGGUUCGAAUGAUAGAUUUUCAAAGGAAAAUCUGAGAUUUGGACCAUUUUUAGGGCUUUUUCCAAUGAUAUUUUCAUGUUUGGGCCAGUUUUGAAGAAACAAGGAUUAAAAAUAUGCCAGAGAAGUCAAGAUUCCUUGAAAAAUAUUGGAUUCUACCCAAUAAAUUCACAAGUUUUUGAGCAAGGUCUGUUCCAAUUUUGAAUCUCAAAUGCAUGACGUCAUUCUCGCUCUCUGAUUGGUUUAUCGCGCCAUUAGGGGCGGAUCUUAAGCGACGACUUGAAGUUCAAAAAUUCAAAAACCGACAAAUCCCACUUCCAGCUCACCCCGGAACACUUCCAAAGCUCGGAUAAUAUUGAGGAAGCUCCAAAUCUCAGCCUGGACAUCUCCGUCACUUCAGAAGCCUCCACGGAGUUAACGUUCCCCUCUCCGUCUUCUGUACGUCUUUAGUUGUAGAAUUGACGUCUUCAGCCCUUGCAGAGCCUGGAAAAAGAGCCGCCGAAGACGAUUCUAGUCAAAUCGAGACCGAAAUCCGCCCACGAGGAUGGCGUUCUUCUGGCCGUUCAGCCUUUGGUUAGAGGUUCCAGCUCGAUGGACGACUUGAUGUGAGUUUGGAGGUUUGAAACUUGGGAUAUACUAGAAGUUCCGCUUGGAAUAAAUCAAAGAAAUCGCCCCAGGAUAUGAAAAAAGAUUUUUUCAGACCAUCCGCUGGAAAUAAGAAGAAAAAUUCUCGACACGUCAAAAUAGUGAUCCCAGACGAUGAGAAACUGCCUUCUUGA